UGCGUUUGGACCCGGAAGUCACAAAAGAGGUGACGCGUGACGUCAGACUUAACGCUUGAAUUAACGCUAGUUAGUAGAAACGAACACUGAGAGAUGCAGGGACUCAGAUCUAGAAAAGCCCUGCCGAGGAUGAUUGAGGGAGAUGGGUGAAAAUGAGUCCACAUCAGAGGGUCUCAAACGGCACUGACAGAAGUGGACCGCUGACAAGGCCUGUGGAAGAAAAGAAAAUGAAGUCCACAAUUCCAAGAAGAAAAACCGCUGUUAUUAAAGCUUUCAGCAAAACCAGACAAAGUGAUGAGUAUGGGGCAUGCAAUGUAUCCCAAAAUGCAGUGCUGUUGAUGGAAGCCCACGCUCACCUUACCAUCGGCUUGCAGUCAAGAGAGAGGCUUCUGCUGCUUUUCUCAGAUUCGCUCAUCAUCGCCAAAACUAAGUCUCUGUAUCUAAAGCUGAAGGCUCGUGUUAGCCUCUCGGACAUAUGGCUGGCAUCCUGUGUUCAUUGCAUCACAGACAGGAAGCUCACCUCCAAGAACUCAUUUGUGAUUGGCUGGCCGACCACCAACUAUGUCGUCACUUACAGCUCAUCAGAAACAAAGGAGAGAUGGUUACAUGCUCUUCAGUGGCACACCUGCAGAGCCAGGCAAAAAGUCUUACCGAAUGCCAUUCUUCUCUACGUCCUGCUGAUUUGCCAUCCAGAUGACAACAGCUCAGCGACCGUUGCUGUGGCAGUGGACGUGAGCACGACUGCAGAAAAUGUGGUUCAGUACAUCAUGCAGCAGUGCAAACUAUGCGGUGAAGUCUCGGAGUACCAGCUGUGUGUAAACUAUGAAAAAGAAGAGGAAACAUACCCCCUUAUUGGCCAUGAGCUACCAUUUUUCAUCCUGCAUCACUCCUUGAGAAGUCAGCAAGACCAUCUGCACAUGCCUAGUGAGCCCCUGCAGGAAGCAUUUAGUUCUGGCCAGCAGACAGAAGCCACUCCCAAGACUCCUCACUUCACCCUAAAACCCAGAACACACACUCCUAGGGGUGCUUUGCUGAAACAUAAAAGGAAAAGGUCUCUGAUUGAUUGGGCUCUGAGGAGGGGACACUUUAACCAACCCGAUGGCCAGUCUGACCCACAAACUGCCUCUCACAAGCUAUUCGGCCAGCCUCUUUCCUCCAUUUGUCCUGAUGGAAACCUGCCUAAACCAAUAAUGGACCUACUGUAUCUGCUCUUCUGUGAGGGUCCGGAGACCCGUGGAAUCUUUCGUCGUUCAGCAAACGCCAAAAACUGUAGGAUCCUGAAGGAGCGAAUGAAUUCUGGCCAAAGUAUUUCACUGCAUGAACAAUCAGUGUUCGUCUCUGCAUCUCUAAUUACAGAGUUUUUACGCAAACUGCCUGGUGGUGUUUUGUGCUGUGACUUAUAUAAGGACUGGAUGGAAGUGCUACAGAGUGAGGAUCAACAGGAUAGAAUUAACAGAGUCAGAAGUUUGCUUGCACAGUUGCCGGAGGAGAACGUUACCUUGCUGUGUCACUUAUUUGGAGUGCUACACAGGAUACACACUCACUCAGAUGUGAAUCAGAUGACAGCAACAAACUUGGCCCUCUGCAUUGCACCAAACAUGCUCUGGAGGCCUUCCCAAAUCAGCCCUGACAAAGAGGGACAGAGUGUAUUGCAGGUCGCUGCGCUCAUCCAGUACCUGAUAGAAAACACGCCCGCCAUAUUUGGAGAUGAUCUGGAGAGUCUGUUCGCCAGGCAGAUGAAUUCAGCGCAGGAAACAUGCGACUGCACAGAUGGUUCAUAUUUUCUUCAGCACUCUUCUUCGGAGGACACAGAUCAAGACUUAACAGUUUCUUCCCAACUGUUGCCUGAAGUUCAUCCUCUUUUCCUCCCUCUGGCUGCACUUUCCCUGAAAGAAAAGGGGAGACCCCGUCCCUUUCACACUGAAAUGCCAUCAACAGAAGGCGCCUACAGCUGUGGAACACUGGAUUCCAUUUCCUCACAAUCCAGUGCUUCUGUUAGCAUGCUUGGGGUGAGGGAACUCAGCCAAUCACGUGACCGUUGCCUCUCUGAGCCUUCUAUGUAUUUUUCUGCACCUCAAACACCUGUACCGACUCACACACCCGUUAUUCGCCAAUCCAGCUAUGAUGCAGCUGUAACGGACAGCAGAAGUGAGCAGUCACACAGCUCCUUGGGGUUAAGCCCAGAACAUCAAUCGCACAAUUCUGGAAUGGGCACAAGGCGACGCCGCUACACUUUCUGGAAGUCGCCACAAAUCCCCACACGCUUCCGUCAUCCUGCGCAGAGACUAGCCAGCAUGUCAAGUCUGUCAUCUACUGCCACUUCUUCCCUUAGCUCACUGGAUAGUACGUUGUCUCUCAGCUCCGCCGAUCUGAUCCCCAGCCCUCAAGAUACACAGUCCCGGCCUUUUCUGUUUGGAGCUGCUGCAAGACUGCGGCCUCUCACACCUGAAAUGUCCAGAAAGCGGUGGACAAGUACUUUCACUUAUGAAGAGGAAGAAGAUGUCUGGAGAGAGAGAGUUCAAGAGACAGAAAAUGAAAAAGAAAGUGAUUGUGAAGAAUCUUUUCAUGACUGUGAAGGAGAGAGCGCAGUAAAGGAUGGAGAAAGAGCUGAGAAUGAGGAUGCCGUAAGCUGUGAGUCCUUCAGUGACAUUCUUGAGGUUAAAGGCACAACAAGACCACGUGCAUCAGAGUGUCUUGCUGAGACUGUGUGCAGCGUGGAGUUUAGCGUGAAUCCAUUACAGUCCUCUACCGCAUGUCAGAUAGAGCCCAAUCCUGACAUGAAUUCACAAGCAAUCUCACAGAAUCCAUGCAGUAUAUGGACGGUCCCACAGGUGAAUCUGAUUGACAAUGUGAUACAUGAAACACAGGUCACACAAAUGCUCACUAACACACCCACAACGACACAAAAGCAAUCCAGUAGCAAAGGAGAAAUCUCUGUGAGUCAGAUGCAACAGGAGCCAAAUGCUCGCUCAAACAUUCAUGCCUCAGGAGGCCAGAAAGUGAGCAGAAUGAAAAUCACAGUCUUUCCUUCUGCAGGAAGAGUGAUGCUGAAACAUUCUAACGUCACAGGUCUAGCUCAAAACGUCCCGGUGGAAACAGAGCAGAAAGCUGAGGGAAAAAUGCGAGAAUCUGUCAAGGUACAAAUCCCACAGACACUGUUUUACGGUCAUAAUGUUCCGCUAGUGUUACUCACUACACCUCCUCAGCAAACAUCAGUCCAGGUGAGGGCACACUGUACUCCCCCUGAUGAUGCAGAUAUGACAGACGCAGACUUGAGUGAUGAAGCUAAUGUUAGCAUUGUCGCAACUGAAAUUAGUAAUGGCGUAAGCAGUUACCUAGCAGAGAAAAGUUCUACCGUUCAGAGCGUCAAAGCGAUUAGUCAUAGCGUGAGCACUGUUGAUGACCUGCACCACCCUGGCUGUAUUGCUGAAAUUGCUAGCCCUGCUGUUAGCAUAAGUGGUGUUAAACCCAGUAUAAAGGUCUUUCAUACCAAUGCUAAUCAGAGCAUGACCUAUCCCAAACCCACUAACAAAUCCUCAGGAACGUUUCGUCACACAAUCUGUAUCAAGCUCCCUGGCAACAGGGGGACAGCACAAAACAAGCCGUUAUCAUAAUUAUAUCUGGUGAUGUAAUUCUACAUGUUGGUGAGGUAUAUGCAAUAUAAUUUCAGUGCAUUUUACGUGAGAACAAGCUUGGGUAUGGAGUUUGUAUGCUGGACAUCUAUCUUUCAUGUCUGCAGGAGCAAGUGUGUUUACUUGUAUGUAGUCGAGGCAUAAAAUGAAAAUGCAUUUCCGCAGGGAUUUCACUGUGGCGUGCACCUUCUCAAAGGCAUCUGCAGAGACACACACAGAGAAGGGAGUGAUGCAGUUGUGUGAAUGGAAAACUUAUAUUGUUAGAUUUAGUCUGUGCUUGUAACAAAAGAAGAAAAAUCUCGGCGCAGAAAGCAGAAAGUGUAAAACUAUACACUGUACUAAGAAAUUAUCCACGUUCAAGAUUUACAUUACAAAACUAAAACAGACCAAAGCUUAAACUAAAGUAAGCUAUUAUGAUUAGCAUUUUUAACAACGUUAAACUGCCCCUAUUAUGCCGUUUUUAAGGUUCCUACUAUAAUAUUGUUUCAGUAGUCUCCUACAGUAGGUUUACAUGUAUGCAAGGUCAAACAAUGCUUUUGUUUUCUCAAAAUAUGCAUUUUAUAUCACCUAAUUUUUCAGCGAUUCUCAAACAAUUUGUUCAAAGCAGUUCAAAGAUUCAGUCUCUCUAAAUCCUUCCUUUCCGUGAGCCUAUUCUGCCCUGAUUGGUCAAAUGGCCCAGUCUGUUGUGAUUGGUCUACCACGUAACAGCGCGUUUCAGAAACAAUACACCCAUUGUCAUAGUUCCUUAUAUUGAAUGCUCCAUAGAAAAUAUAAACAUCUAUUAUUUAUCAUACUUACAGGUUGUGACUCAAUGGAGUCAGCUCGUCUAAGUAAACUAUGUACUGAGCCUUCUUUCAAGAGCGAGUGUUUUGUGAAUCCCCAAAAUUAGAAAAGCAGUCGUCAGUUAAAUUAUGUGUUGUUUGCGGCCGGCCAACGUACAACAUAGAUGGGCAUUAUGCAGAUGUGUUCACAGAAGUGGGCUUCGAAUUACUAAUGACUUGUUCAGGCUGUUCAGAGAUGAUUUUUUUUUCUUUUGGGAGACAAUAACUUUAUUUAUCGUGCACUUUCGGUUUUACACUUUGCAGAUCGUUUGCAUUCACAUAUAGAUACAUUACACACUGCAUGAAAGGCGAUAUUUUAAAAAAUGGCAUAAUAGGGGUACUUUAAGCCUAAUGUUUUAUACAGAAUAGGUUUACAAUGGCAGCACGAAAAUGUCCUGCAAAGCAGGAUUAAUGCUCGAAACAGAUCAGUUCUCUAAAAACACAUUUUGUGGUAUGUUGGUGUCUAAACAACACUGGACCCAGUUUUGUGGACAAAAUCAGCUGACAUAUUUCUCAAAAUAUCUUUUGUGUUCUAAGGUCAUAAAAGUUUGAAAUAACAUGAGGGUGAGAAAAUGAUGACAGAAUUUUCAAGUCAUGAUUUAUAUGGUUAACAAUGAUUUUUUUAAACUUAAUUUGACAUUACUGCUGUUUACUACUACUACUUAUUUUUCAGUGUGCUUUCUAAAUUCUAGUCAGAAAUAAUGAAAUUAAUUGUGAAAGUUGUAUGCACAUUAACUUUGUCAGCCCAAAAAUGUACAUUUUGUAAAAUCUCUAAAAUGUUCCAGUGGUUUAGAGUACAUGGCAAUAGAAACCAGUACUUGUUAAUAUUUAAAGUCAGUCACAACAAUUAGCUUUAAAAAGACAAUAAAAAUAUGCAUGUGCUUUAGGCAGAAUUGGAAGUUAAUGUGAUGGUAAUCACACAUUUGGGGUAGGAGGUUUUAAGUGCUUUAGUGAAAAAGGGUAAGCAGCAGACGUCACAAAAAGCGUCACUAUAGUAACAAAGCAGGUGGCAGGAGAAGGGACUUCUGUGAAGACGGCAGGAAAAGGUAUAACCAAGGGAAGCACCGUGAUCUGCAUAAGAUGCUGUGAUAAGACCAUUAGAAGAACAUUAAGGAGAAACAAGCGGGUGGGAAGUGUUUAGACGUGAGUGUGCAUAGUGUAGAUCCAGUGUAAGACAUUAGUGGAUAAUCGAAUGAUGUUUUGAAUAAUCAUGUGGUUCAGAGUCAUGUUUGUUUGUAGUUGUAAUGUAAGAUGCGCCAAGCGUGUGCCAUGGUCAAGAAAGCAGACAGCAGACUUCCUUGAACGAGUCGUGGCAAUAGUACUUGGAUAGAUGUGUGUGUAUAUAUACAUUAGUAAUAUGAUAAUUCCUGUUAUGCAGUGCCUUUUGAGUUUAGAAAAAAAAAAAUAUAUAUAUAUAUAUAUAUAUAUUUAAAAAAAAAAAUUAAAAAAACAACAAAUAUUAUUCACAAGAAAAUGUUUUUUAACAUUUUGAUUAAAGAAAGGGAAAAAAGUUCCUUAGUCAAUUCCAGCUUUUCAUGUUAGAAUAUUUAAAGAGAUCCAAAGAGAUUUAAAGAGUCAAUAAAUCUCUAUCAAUAAAGAGUCUGUAAUCAUUUAUGCUACCUCUUCCAGUUCCAAAUAUGAAUGACUUUAUUUCUUAUAUAAAAUACAAAAGAAGAUAUCUUGAAAAAUGUUUCAGCCAGUGGGAUCCAGUGUUGCUUUGUGUCAGCAUGCUUAGUCAGCACAUCUAAUUAGUAUUAUGACCCAGUAUGGCUUUAAAAAAUAUGGUUUGCUCACCAAUGAAGCAUUUGAACUUAAACGCACACUGUAUCUGCCUUAUAAUGUAGAAUUCUUCUGACAGAUCAGUAAGAUUUUUUUAUGUUUUUUUAAAAAAGCAUCUUAUGAUCAUUAUUUGAUCAAAAUACAGAAAGAAGUAAUAUUCUGAAAUACUGCAAUUUAAAUGUAACAGUUUUCUGUUUGAGUUAACUUUAAAAUAUAAUUAAUAUGAUGGAAAGCUGAAUUUUCAGCAUCAUUACUUCAGUCUUCAGUGACACAUGAUCCUUCACAGAAACAUUCUAAUAUGCUGAUUUAUUAUCGAUGUUGGAAACCAUUGUGCUGCUUUAUAUUUUUGGAACCUGUGAUACUCUGAAUAAAACACUAAAAAGAGCAGCAUUUAUUCAAAACAGAAAUCUUUUCUAACUAUGUCUUAACUGUCACAUUUAUCAAUUUAACACAUUCUUACUGAAUGAAAGUAUUAAUUUCUUUUAAAGAAUAAAAUGAAAAAAUUACCCCAAACUUUGAACUGUAGUGUAUAUUGUUAGAAAAGAUUUCUAUUUUAAAUAAAUGCUGUUCUUUUUAACAUUUUAUUUGUCAAGGAAUCCUGAGAAAAAGUACCACAGGUUCCAAAAAAAUAAAAUAAAAAAAAAUAAGUAGCACAACUGUUUUCAACACCUGAGUGUUGAUUCUGAAUUCAGCUUUGCAUCACAAAAAUAAAUUCUGUUUUAAAAUAUAUUAAAGUAGAAAACCACUAUUUUAAGUUGCAAUAAUAUUUCACAAUAUUACUGUUUUUUCUGUAUUUUUAAUCAAAUAAGCAGCCUUGAUCAACAAAAAAGACUUAAUUAAAAACAAAAAAUCUCACUGAUCCCAAACUUUUGAAUGACAGUGUUUGUGUGUGUGUGUACACACGCAUAUAGACAGGUAACACUUUGCUUCAUGAAACAAACAUACAUAAGGUCUUUACUUAGAGCAUGUUAGACAAGUUGGGUUAGUUGGAAUUAGUUGAAAGAAACAUUUCUUUCUUUAAGCACAAGAAACACUGUGCUGUCAGUAAUUUCAGCAAGGCCAUUUAGAUCAACAACUAGAAUUGUACACGUGGGGAAAGAAUUUGACAUUAUGUCUUUUUCUACGGGUCCUGUAUUCAGGAUGUUAGGUAAUAUAAUGAUACUAAUCAAAGUAGAAUAUUUGCUGAAACUCUUAACAAGCUCUCAAGUAUGUUAAUCUUGAGCUUUUUUCUCGUCUGUAAAAACUGAAUGGCAGUGAUUGCUACGCAAAACCAUGACAGAUUUUUUCUGUUAUCAAAAUGACCUUCCUCUUUUCAUAAUGCAAGUAGAUAAAAUGGACUUUGCAAUGAUGUGUAUUAUGAAAAUCUCUAUUUGUAAUCGAUGACAAAGAAUGGUAAAUUCUAUAUUUACAUUUUGGAAUUCUGACUUUUUGUUUUGAUAAAUAAGUAAAAAGUGAAUUGCGACUUUUUAAUUCCACAAUUCUGACCUUUUCCCUGCAAUUUUUAAAAAAUAAGAUAAUAUAUUUAACAUUUUGAAUGUAUUAUUUUUUUUAUGUGUAUGUUAAUUAUUUAUUAAAAAAGAGAACAGUGUGCGUGAUGUCCUGUUGACCAUUAAGUUCAAAUCAUUUCACAUGAUCAAAACCUAGGCUGCAUCCAAAAUCUCAUACUCUCAAGUAGGAACUUAUUUUGAAUAAUAAUUACUAUGUGACUAUUAAAAAUGUAUGUUCUGUAUAGUAUGAAUGUAUGUAGUAUGAAUGUAAUCUGGACGCACUACAUUCAUCAUGCUGUCAUUAUCAUAUCAGGGUCAGGUGCAUCGUUUCACUGAGAUUCACAAAUCCCGUGGCCGCUUGGGACAGUAAAGUAUCUAUUGUAUGCACACUUCAGAAUCUCGACCGGAAGUAGUAGGUCAACUGGUUACUUUUUGUCUACACUUUUGUGAGUACUGUGAAUUCAGACAUGCUUCUUUUGUCACACUGUUUUUCCGCCAACUGUACAGUAGGGAAAUAUGCGAUUUUGGAUGCAACUGUAGUGUGAAUGCACUGCUAAUUGGUGAGGGAAGGAUACUGAUCUUCUGCCAAUUUGGAGAACUGGCAAAAUGAAGGGUUGCAGGAAACUGUGGAAUGUGCAUUUGAGCAGGAAGCAGCUUUAACUUUCACAUAGAUAAAUCAAAAGAGCCACCACAUUUAGCCACCGUUCUCUUUUCCACCCACUCUCUGAGCCAUGUGAAUAAUUUCUUUAGGUGUUUCUGAUGAGCUCUAAAUGUCCGCAGCUGUUUCUCACAUCACACGUCCACACAAUAUUCCACGUUUAAGACAUUCUGUUUAUCUGCUGAAACAGUAUGCAGUCUGAGAUUUGUGUGUGUGAACAGACACAUAUAUGUGCUGGUAAUUCAUUGUAAGAUGAGACAAAUGAUACAGUUAGAGCUCUUGAACUCUUGUGACAUUUAACACUGCUCCCAACUAAUGCUCAGAAGCUGUGUACAAGUACUCAUUAUGUUCAUGUUAAUCACAUAUGGUUUACUCCUCAUUAGUCUAUAGAGACCAAAGCAACAGAAAUCAGUGGGGAGCUGCAGAAGUAACGGUAGGCGAGAAGCAAAUCGAUCAAUGCACUUUCAUUCAUUUAACAGAAUGUAUCUUUAUGCACAGGGUUUAUUUUCACCUAAUUCAAGACUUGCGUAUUCUUAUCUUGAUGUUUUUCAUGUUUCUUGAUUUAUAAUUGUACUUACAUUUUGUAAAUCUAAACACUAUGUUCACAGAUUGAAUAUUUAAAAACACAUUUUGUGCAAUUGCUAUUGUUGUAACUGCUAUCACAGGUGGGAUAUAUGUAUACAAAAACUGCUUGAUCAAAUAUGUAAAAGUGAUUAAAUCAAUUCUAAAAUAAAUUGCAUAGCUGAUUUUAAGAUCUGGAGUUCAAUUUGGUUCAUUUGGUUCCAAAUAGGACCUUUUUUUUUAUAUAUAUAUAUAACCUGAAGUACAAAAUGUGCCAGAGAUGGUGAAGUGUUGUUUUUCUGUGAAGAUGUUUGGCUAGUUUUUAAAUAAAUGCCCAUAAAAACAGUAAAUGGAGGUUCACUAAAUCAGAAGAGUUACUGUACAUCAGUUGUAAUCUUGGUUCUCUACUCAGUGUCCUCAGAAUUGAUAUGCUUAGAAGUUUUUGCCAAUAUCUGCAACCAUUUGGUGGAUAUUGCAUAUCUGCAACAACAAAUCACUUGAGCAAGAUUAAAUUUUGACUGAAGAAGUAGGAAACAGGGUAUUUUAAAAGCAUAUGAUGGCAGAAUAAUUAUACUCGAUAUUGCACUAACACUGUAAGCCCGGAUUUUGUAUCUAAUUAAACCAUUUAAUUACAAUUGAACACAAUAUUUAAGUUUUACUGCAUUGCUUAUAAAAUAUAAGUAGAUUCUACUAAUUUGUAGACAUAUUUGAACCUGUGAAUAAACUUAAGUUAAAUUAACUCGUAUUAUGAAAUUUAUCUCCUGACCACGCCUCCUCCACCGGUGCUGCGAGUAACAGCGCCAUUUUGUCACUGUGAUUGUGUAUGAAUUUAAGCUGUGGAUGAAUGUGGAAAUUUAGAUUUAGAUAGUUCUAUUGGCAUUGUUUUCCGCCAUUUAUCUUUUAUCACGUCCCUCGAGAAACUCUUUGUGAUCGGCAAAAGUUGUUGUUCGUCUAAACGACGGGGCAUUUCUCAUCCGUUGAUAGCUAGUGUUCUCACUCGCCUGCGCUUGAACCCCUGACUGGCGAGUUCGACUAACAUUUUUGCCUUUUUCUUUCAAUGAUUUCUUUUUCACUCGAGGAGCUGUUGUUUGUGAGGAGCGUAAAUUUAGUUUUACUCAUACAGUAGCCGCGAUUCCAGCCGAGGAGCGACAAAGGUGGAGCUAAUAUGGUUCAGAGUCCUCUUAACGACUAUCUUGUUUUGGAAGAAAGAAGAAAUGGAAGAGAUGCUUUGAAAGUGAGGCAGCUGACAAGACAGACUUCAGUAAGGAUCCUCAGCGUUGAUCAAGAAAGUUCACAGCUCACCUCAUCUAGAGUGGGAAUCAUCUUGGAAGAAAGCUUGGUAAUGGAUGAACUGACCAAUCUCAGGCCUUCUAUGUCCAUUGUUUUCAGACUGAUUUCCCUGCCUACACCUGGACUAUCCUAAGUGUAUGAAAAGUAUUUUAUAUUUUUUGUCGGGAAAAGGUGAGCUGACACCUAAAAUUCAGUAUUGCCAAUAGUGUGAACUCAGAGUGUGGAAAAAACAUAUCGUUUUGAUGCUGUUUGUUGCGAUUCUGAGGAAAACUUGUUUGUGUGCUUAACGAUAAGUUAAUUUGUUGAACUAGUAUCUUUUUGAACUUUUUUUUUUCUCCCAUGUUUUAUGGGGAAAUGUUUUCAGGAUAUGAAAAAAUGGUUUUGUUGUGUUUUCAAUUGAAUAUUUGUAAUUGAAUUGAUUUAAAAUAAAAGGGAAAAUUGCAUUAA